UCUCCCUGUAUACGGAAGGGGAAGGGUAUACUCCAGUAUGAAGUUUCAACUACUUGUGGCUGUUCUGGUUGGCAGUGGAGUAGCAUUAGCUAGCCCUCAGUACUUCAGCCAGUACAGAACUGCAUCUCCCUACUCCUAUUCUCCUUAUUAUCAAGCUCCAUUUACCGCCUUUAAUAAUGGACCAAUCUCCCCAGUUGUGAAGCGUCUUCAUCAAGGGUCUCCAUAUGCUGCUAGAUUUGCUCCACGUGCCCAACCCUACUAUCAGCCUCCAUACACCUUCCAACCCGCCCCAGCUCCCGUGGCUGCUCCUGUGGCUGCUCCAGUAGCUCCAUUGGUUGUUUCUGCAAGGUCUUUGCUGGAUGAUCCUUCUGAGCUCAAGGAUGUGAACGCUCCUCGCACCAUCAGCACCUUCCCAGCACCUGAGAAGACUGUCUACUUCAAAGGAUAUAACUUUGAAAGAUUAAACCAAAAUUCUAGGAAUGGAAAUAUUCCUGACCUUGCUUCCUAUCAGCCUUCAACAGAUCACAAGCAGUUUCCCAUUGACUCACAUGGUUAUGCUCUCAAAGCAUUCCAGUUCCCAAUUGGAAUCACAAAUGCCAUUUCAGCCACCAGAUCUUCCAACUCUCCCAAUGCUGCUGCUGCUCUUGCAUACAUGAAGGCUAUUGGAAGCACUGAUAUCUGUGCCAGAUCCACCCAGCUUUAUCUGGAAAUCAUCCUCAGGGGAGGAAGUGUUGAUGAAGCUAACUCUGCUGCUACUCAGAUCUACAUUGAUGACUACAACAAUGGUUUGUCUGUUGCCCCUGGAUCUGCCUGCGAGGCCAGUGACAUUGCCUGGAGACAAGCUGAGAAGGAAGGAAAGGACCCUGUGGUGUACUCUGCAAUUGCUUUCAUGGAAAACUGGCCAGGAACCAAGGAAGGAAACCCGUGUGCUGUUUCUGGAAGAGAUUAUGUCAGUGCCAUCAUUGAAGGAGCUACACAUACUCAAGCUAACCUUCUUGCUGCUAAGAGCUUUGCAGCUGCCAUCCAAAGUUUGGCUGCAAAAGGAAAAGAACUUAGAGACCCUGCAUGUGCUGCUGCUACCAAGGCAUUUUAUAAUGCUCUGUCUGAGAAACCAUCCCCCCCUAACGGUGCUGCUAUGCUUGCUUUUGUUGACAAGGCUUUGAACGGAAGUUUCAGCUUUAAGUAUGACCCUGUCUGCUGGAGAUCUACUGAAGCCUUCUUUGACUCCUAUGCUGCUGGAAACGAUGAGCUGACUUCUAAUCUUGCUGCUGCUGAGGUUUUCUUUGAUGAGUUUGCAAGAGGAGGUGAUGGAAUUCCUGCUGAUUCUCCUUGUGCUGCUGCUACUGUUGCAUACUAUCAAAACAUUCAGAACCCUCCCUCCCCUCCCAACAAGGCUGCUAUGGAAGCUUUCAUGAAUAAGAUGAUUAGCGGUGGAAAGAGGGAGCCUGAUCCAGCUUGUGCAGCUUCAACUCGAGGAUUUUGGCAAGCUUAUAAAGCUGGAGCAACUGAGACAGAUGCCAAUCUUGCAGGAGCUGAAGCUUUCUUCCGUGCCUUUGCUGAUGGACUUCAAAUUGCUGCUGACUCACCCUGUGCUGCUGCCACUAAAGCUUACUUCUAUGCUCUGCCUAACAAACCAAGUCAUCCCAACUCAGAGGCUAUGAUCUCCUUUAUGGAUGCCAUGAUUGAGCAAGGAAACAAAAGAGUUUAUGAUCCAGCUUGUGCAUCUGCCACUCUUGCUUUCUUUAACUCCUACAAGGCUGGAAAUGAUGAAUUGACCUCUAACUUUGAGGCUGCGCGUGCAUUCAUUCAAGAAUACAAGAAAGGAGCCAAGGUGCCUGCUAACUCUCCUUGCCUAAUUUCUACAAGAGUUUAUGCCGCCAACAUCAAGGACAAGCCCAGCCCACCCAAUGCUGCAGCUAUGCUUGCUUUCAUGGACGAAGCUAUUCUUUCUAACAUGGACAAGCCAGAUCCAGUCUGUCUAGCUUCCAUGGAUGCAUAUUUCAACACAUAUCUUGGAGGUUCAUCUGAGGCUGAAGCUAACGAGGCUGCUGGAAUUGCUUUCCUUGAUGCUGUUGCUGCUACUCCUGAUUUUAACCCAGGCAGCCCAUGUGGAAUUUCAGCCAAAGCAUACAUGGGAAGGUUUGAUUUGCUCUAAUCUUCCCAAAUGUAAACUUUCUCUAACCUCUAUUUAUUUAUUUAUUUAUACUUUGACAGAAAUAAACACCUCAGAAUAAAAACAAUAAAUUGUCUGAUUAAA